UAUCAACUCACCAACCCAACCCAACCCGCCCCCCACGCACGCUCGUAACCCUCGCCCAAUCUCACUUCUCUCCAACAAUUCAUGAAUUCACACAUAUACGUACACAACAUGUAUCUCUCUUUUUUCCCUUAAAUUUCCCCAAUUUUCUGAUUCUUUUUCCCUUCUCUUGAGUGGGUUCUCGUUCUACCCUGGAUUGAACAGCUGCAACAAAAUCUAUGCGAUCUCCUCCUCCCUUUCUCUCUCUAUAACAACGGGGCUUUUGUCUCUAGGGUUUUGGAAGCUGUAAUUCUACUGAUUAAGAUUCUUGCUUUUUCACCUCAAUUAUAUAGGGUUUAUAUUUUUUAAUAGAGGGGUCUGUAAUACAUAUACAAAUUUUUCUCCUUGGGUUCAAACUUUCACUGGGAGUUGGAAUUCAUUGGCUUGUGGGACUCGGAAGGUAGUCUCACUGUGGCAUUGCUGAUAAAUCAUAAUAAAUUUGUUAGCCACUUAUUGGUAUAUGUGUCAUGGUGCAUCUUGAAUGAUUGCCAGCAUGGACUUAAAUGCAUCACCACAACCAGAGGAUGAUGAAAAUGAUGAAAUUGAUAAGUUCUUCAGAGAACACCUAGAGGAGGAAUCAGAAGAGCCUAUUGUAGAACACAGCAUUGAACAUGCGGAUUAUGUAGUGAGUGCUGUAGAAAUUUCACGCAGGGAGCGUGAGGAAAGAAUUCAACGACUUAAAAGACAACGUCCGGAUGACAGGCCAGCAUAUGCGUCUCAACCACGUAUGCAUGAUGGAAUGUUUCAAGCAAAAAAACUGAGGCCUUCUAACAAGCUUCCUCCAGGUUGGUUGGAUUGCCCUUCUUCUGGUCAGGAUAUAGGUUGCAUAAUUCCUUCUAAAGUUCCCCUUGGUGAACACUUCAAUGAUUGUAUUGAACCUGGCAAGAGAUACUCAUUUAGGCAAGUGCUGCAUCGACAGAGAGUCUUGGGAAGAAAGCUGGGUUUGGUGAUUGAUCUUACAAAUACCACUAGGUACUAUUCAACUCAUGAAUUUGUAAAAGAAGGAAUCAAGCAUGUCAAGAUUAUGUGCAAGGGACGUGAUUCUGUGCCUGACAAUGAGUCAGUCAAUUUAUUUGUAUUUGAGGUUUUACAGUUCCUUGCUCGACAGAAGCAUUCGAAAAAGUACAUUCUUGUCCAUUGUACACAUGGACAUAAUCGCACUGGGUAUAUGAUUGUUCAUUAUCUUAUGCGUACACUACCUAUAUCUGUUACUCAGGCAAUACAAAUAUUUGCUGAAUCACGGCCUCCUGGUAUAUAUAAAUCAGACUAUAUUGAUGCCUUGUACACUUUUUAUCAUGAGAAGAAACCUGAAACGGUUGUUUGCCCUCUAACUCCUGAGUGGAAGAGAUCUUGUGAAUUUGAUUUGAACGGUGUUGCUAUGCCAGAUGAUGAUGAUGAUGGAGGGGCUGUAGCUCCUUCACAUGAUAAUCAAGAACCUCAUAUUGUAAUGACAAAUGAUGACCUUCUGGGAGAUAGUAUUCCAUCUGAUCAGCAGAAUUCUCUACGACAGAUCUGCUACCAAUUUCUGAAGUUGCAGCUACCUGGGGGAAGAAAUCCUCAAUUUCCUGGGUCACAUCCAGUUUCUCUAAACAGGGACAACUUACAAUUGUUGAGGCAGCGUUACUAUUAUGCCACAUGGAAAGCUGAUGGAACAAGAUAUAUGAUGCUAAUUACUAUGGACGGUUGCUAUUUAAUUGAUAGACACUUCAACUUUCGAAGGGUUCAGAUGAGAUUUCCGUGCAAACAAUCCCAUGAAGGUUUAGCUGAGAAGACCUUCCAUCACUUCACAUUACUUGAUGGGGAAAUGAUAAUUGAUACCGUACCUGACACACAGAAGCAGGAAAGAAGAUAUCUGAUAUAUGACAUGAUGGCACUCAAUUACAUGUCUGUCACAGAGCGGCCCUUUCACGAGCGAUGGAAAAUGAUUGAGAAAGAAGUGAUUGAACCUCGAAAUUAUGAACGGUGCCAUAUAUACCAGAGCAAAAAUCCAUAUUACAGAUAUGAAUUGGAACCCUUCAGGGUUAGAAGGAAGGAUUUUUGGCUCCUUUCUGCUGUCACAAAAGUUUUGAAGGAAUUCAUCCCAAAACUUUCACAUGAAGCAGAUGGUCUCAUUUUUCAGGGUUGGGAUGAUCCUUAUGUUACGAGGACCCAUGAGGGCCUGUUGAAGUGGAAAUACCCAGAGAUGAACUCUGUUGAUUUCCUCUUUGAGGUCCUUGAUGAUCGAGAACUACUUUAUCUAAAUGAACGAGGAAAGAAGAAGCUGAUGGAUGGGAACAGGGUCGUAUUCCCAGAUUCUUCUGAUCCAUCAGAGCUCUCGGGUAAAAUUAUUGAAUGCUCUUGGGAUUCUGAUAAUCAAGUGUGGGUGUGCAUGAGGGUUAGGGUAGACAAAGGAACACCGAAUGACUUCAACACAUAUCGAAAGGUGCUGAGAAGUAUCAAAGACAAUAUCACAGAGGACAUUUUGUUAGCUGAGAUCCAAGAGAUUAUUUGUUUGCCAAUGUAUGCAGACAGGAUCCACAUUGAAAGCAAACAUUCAAGCCAAGCACGGAGAAGGUAGUAAGUCAUUAAGUUGGCAACAUAAACGAGCGGAUACUAGUAACUAGACUAGACGGGUUUCAUAUUUAGAGUUGCAAUUGUUGGUUGGCUUAUAGUUUAGCUAUGGGUCUGGUCGUCACACAUGGCGCCUUAUGUUGAUGACUUGAGAAUUAUAGGAUUGGCAUGGUGGUGUUAGCAAUAUGGUUGGGGGUGGAGUUGUUUUAGCUUACAGUUUUACAAAUUGCAGGCAGGAGUUAGCAUAGAAGCGAACCACAUGUAUAUUAGUUGUUGCAGCAGCAUUAUACAUUAGCCAUUUGGUAAAUUGUCAAAAAGCUAGUUCUCUCAUGUUUUAGUCUUUUGCUUGUGAAUAUGAUCUGGAAGAGCCACCAAGUUGUAUUCCUAACUUUUUAACCAUAUGCGCUGCGCUGACCUACAAAUAAAUCCCCAUUUCCUUCUA